AACAAACAAAGUUGGAGUUUUCACUUAACAAAACUUCCCUCAAAUAGAGGAAGAACAAAACCGAAAACUAAUCAAAUCAAAAAGGAGAAUUUCAAGUGGACAAAAAAAGAACAACAUAUUGUUCAAAUCAGAAGCUUUUCUUUCUUCUCUCAGAAUCUCAGAAUCAAUGGCCACAAAGAUCGACGGAAUCGAAGAUGAAGAAAUUUCAAAGCUUGAAGAAGGCAUUGUCGUUUCCGCCGUUGCUCGUUUCUGUCCCUCCAAUUUAGUCGUCAUCAUCCAAAAGGUAAUCGCGGAGUUGAUCGGGACGUACUUCGUGAUCUUCGGGGGAUGUGGGGCGGUGGUGGUGAACAAAAUAUACGGAUCAGUGACAUUUCCGGGAAUCUGUGUGGUUUGGGGAUUGAUUGUAAUGGUAAUGGUGUAUUCGGUGGGACAUGUCUCUGGAGCGCAUUUCAACCCUGCUGUUACUCUCACAUUCGCCCUUUUUCGUCGCUUCCCCUUCUGGCAGGUACCAAUAUACACAGGAGCUCAACUAAUGGGGUCCCUUCUCGCAAGCUGCACAUUGGAUCUAAUGUUUGAAGUGACCCCAGAAGCCUUCUUUGGGACAGUGCCCGUUGGAUCCAAUGUUCAAUCUUUGGUUAUUGAAAUUAUCAUCACAUUUCUCUUGAUGUUUGUCAUCUCUGGCGUCUCCACUGAUAACAGAGCCGUAGGAGAAUUAGGUGGAGUUAUGGUUGGAAUGACCAUUCUCUUGAAUGUUUUCGUCGCCGGGCCGAUUUCGGGAGCUUCUAUGAAUCCAGCUAGGAGCCUUGGACCAGCAAUAGUGAAACGGCAGUUUAAAGGAUUAUGGGUUUACAUGUUAGGACCCUUGAUCGGAGCGGUCGCCGGCGGAUUUGUCUAUAACCUCAUGAGAUACACAGACAAGUCGUUACGGGAGAUCACCAGAAGCACCUCAUUCCUCACCGGCACCCACAAAUCAUAACCGCCCGCCCGAUAUUUAAAAAAGCUUGUGAACCAGUAGUAUUCUUUAAUCAUUCAUUUAUGUAUAUAAUUUGUUCUCUCCAUCAAUUGUCUUUCUUUUAGAAUUUUUUUACCAUUUACCCAAACCGUUAAUUAUUUGAUCAUAUGAUGCU